AGCAACAACCAAAAACAAGCUCUUGUACAAACGCACACAUACCUCCUUUCCUUUCUCUGCGCAGCGGACGUGAACACAAACGGCGUCAGACGUCAAAGCCACCACCACAAAACUCCAACGACAUUCAAGCGAGCAACGCAACACAAAAUUUCUCAUAAUCGUCUUUGCUUGAUACUGCGUUCACUCCCACAAAAUAAUACCAUUCACCCCCAAAAAGGUUUGACUUGCUGCACACAGGUAUCUUUCGGAGUAGCUUACUAUUGCUAAUAUUAUUUCCCCUCUCUCUCUCGUCACGCACAGCUGAAAGAAACUUGUGUAGCAGCUACUUGCAUACACUCACCCCCACACAAACGCACACGACACGUGCAGCGGAGAAGCCUGCUCUAUUGCACUUCUUCCCUUUCACUGCCCUGGACGUCCGCGCGCGGUGUUCCACAAACCCCAAAAGCAAAGCAAGUCUUUUUCCCCUCCUUUGUUUGUUCCCUUCUCAGCGGAACGGCAAUUCGUAGAAGCGUGGUGAACGGCCACCCGGUCCGAAGCAUAUUUAUGUAAAGUUGAGUCUGGUGUUCAUUUAUACUGUGCACACCGACACGUUGUUGUGGUAGUUUUAGGUCUUUUUUGUUUGGUUGUUCCGGAACGUACACACCACGAAUUCUGUACAUCGUUUUUUUCUUGAUUGUUUAGUGUGUUUGUAUCUCUCUCUGUCUGAGUGUGUGUGUGUGUGCGCUUAUCGAGCCUGUUUCUUUGGAUUUACCCCGCGUUUUUUUUUCUUCGGUUGCUGCACGUUCUGAUCCUCGACUAUCUUUUCCUUAGCUGCGUGUGUACGCGUUAAGGUAACGUACGUGAUUUGUUGGUGCUUGCUGAAUUAGCCUGGCGUCUAUUUCUGUUACUAUCAUUUCCCCUUUUCACGUCUCACGUGCAGUGCGCACUUACUUUGUUUCAAAAAAAAAAAGGAACAUCAUGUCCGCCGUGUACGCGAGUGUGAUCGGCAAAGAGUUCGCUGCCGGCGUGACGCUCGACGACGCCAAUCGAAUUGUCCGUGUAGCCUCGUCGAUGCCCUCGCUGUCAUCACUGCAAGUGGGCAUGGUGGUGCGCUCUAUCAGCGGCGUGCCGGUCGGCGACGGACGCGCUGAGCAGGCGCGCCACCACAGCAACCGCUCGCAGGUCCUCGUGGUGUUGGGCACCCCCGCCAAGGACGAGUUCGAUCUCGACUCCGAUGAAGACACCGAGGCAGACUUCAAGCCGCCCACCUCGCUGCCUCCGCUGCUGCCGGAGUUCCACAACGCCGUUGCGCAAAACAGCUCAUCGGUGAUCUACGAUGCCACGGUGAAGUGUGGGCCGGGUGGGUGCGUUAUUAUUAUGUCCGAGGGGGCCAAUCCAGCACUCCCCAUCACGCUCGCCGCGGUGAAGGCGAAGGCGGAGGUGAUGUACAUCGACACCGUCGCCCGCAUGAAGACGCGGCAGACCAUCGACAACGCCGGUGGGAUGCUGAAGAAGUCCCUCGAGAAGGGCCUGUGGAUCUACGUGGAGCAGGCGACCAAGUCCAUCACUUUCCUGCGGCAAGUCAGCGACUGCAUUAACGAGGUGAAGGCGUCGGGCAAGAUGCACGCCACGGCGCGCGUGCUGCUGAUGUGCGAACCGCAUCCACACUUUCCAGAGGCACUCAUGCGCGGCAGCGUCACACUGCGCAGCCGCCUCCAAAACAACAACGCAGCGGAGGUUGACGUGAGGGAGGAACUCUCGGAGAGCACCCACCGUAAGCUGGCCAUUCACGGUGACGACAUGGCCCCGGGGGAGACGGCGGCCAAACCGGAGGUCACCGCCACGCGCAAAAAGGUACGCAUUUCGAACCAGGUCAGCAUCGUACAGCUGGAGAAGAGCACGUUUAUGGAGAUGAGCGCCAGUGCGAAGUUGACGGCAGAGCCGACGGCGUCGGGGGAAGGCAUUACACGAGUCGCCAAGUACUCCUUCGGGUCCAACGAAAAGUUUAUCUCGCUCUCGUACGUGCGGGAUCACCGCUUUGCCGUGGGCACAAACAGCGGCUACGUCGUCCUCAUCGACCGCGACGGCCUGCCGCUGAUUCAGUUCCGCCCGCACAAGGCCUGCAUCUGGGACGUCAGCUUCGCUUCCCAAUUUGACUUCGCUACCGCCUGCGAGGACGGCACCAGCGCCAUUUACAACUACUCCCUGACCAACCAGGAGCUGACCACCGUGUCCGUCGCGUCUUUCCAGAAUGACGUUUUUGCCGUCACGUACGCCGACCCGAGCGACGUGAACAGCGCCGUGCUGUCGGGUGGUCUCAGCGCCACCGUGUGCGUGCUGCACUCGGAUCGGCAGAACAGCUCCUUCAUUGCCUGCCGCACCUCCAUUCAGGCCAUGUGCGCCACGCAGAAGAAGCAAGUCAUCGUGGGCGGCGGCACGGGGGCCUGCACCCUCAUCGACGCGAACUACUGCGUCGUGACGGACAUCACGAACGCGCACAACAAGAAGGUGCCGGCGGUGGGCUCGCACGGCAGCGUGGCCGUGACAGGCGGCUUCGACUGCACGCUGCGCCUCUGGGACGUCCGCAACGGCUUCCAUCUCACCUCGCAGCAGCAGUUGAAUGAGGUAAUUACGGCGGUAGCUGUGAAUGAUCGUUACGUCUCUGCCUGCAGCGGGUCAAGCCUUUUUGUGUGGGACCCGCGCAUGAUGGACCGCACGCUGGCGAUGAAGACGAAUGCGUGGCGGGAUUUGACGCGUGGGCUAGUGCUGGAUGGCAACAUCAUCGUGACGGCCUCCGUCGAUGGCGUAGCCCGCAUCUGGGAAGUGAAUUAA